AUGGCGACUCUGCCGCCCAAUUCUCUGCUUGCCCGAUCCCGGCAACCGCGCGCCGUCCCGUCAGCAAAGGCUUCGGGCGCAUCUGUGACCACCUCUGUAGCUCCGCCGCCCAUUGCUACCUCCAAUGUCAAUCUGUUUCUCACCAAUCUUCGUCUGCUCGACUUUCCUUCCUACCCUGAUUGGCCCGACUUCGACGCCCAAACUUUCACGGUGCAGAAGAAGCGCAUCCAGUGCGUAGAAUGGACGCUUUACCAGCUCUUCGUGCUCUGGGACCCGGAAGAGGCGCGAAAUAAGCUUCAGCCCUUCUUCCCUCCUCGAGAUCAUGUCCAAUCCUUGAAUCUGCGUGCCGCCCUCUUACGAAGCCUCGAGCAGGCCAAAAAGACCGGAGUUCUUGGCCGCGAUGCCGUCGUACGCAAGACAAUGUUGGAUGAGUGCAGGGGUGAACGGCUAGAAGAGGUCCUUGCUGUCUUUUCCUCGGCUGUUCUCAAAAAGAUGGUUGCAGAAGUUGCCGAAGCUGAGGGAGAAUACCCCGCUGUCGCUCAGCAACUGGCACUGGAAAAUCGUGGAUACAGCGCUGAACGCGCUGAGCUGGUGACACUGGCUCUUGCUCAUAAGGUAUCCAUUAGGCAUGCGAUGCGAAGAAAGGAUGAAGCGAGGCAACGAUACCGUGGCCUCGCCGAGCUGCUGCAUCUCAAGGAGCAGAACAUUGCGCACCGGAAAGAGCAGAUCAGGGCUGCACGAGAGCAGUCGAAACAUAAAGACAUCUCGGACGAUGUGAAGCUGGAUACCUGGAGAACGGUCCGCAACAACUGGGCUGGAAACGAACAGUGGAUGGAGACCUUGCUUUAUGGUGAUGCAAAUGCGCGAAAAGAUGGCGUAUUGACAGCACCUUUCGAUCGAGUUUGGAGGCGUCUGCAGUCCGGUCGCCUUGCCGAGCUGGAAGACCACGGGAAAGGUCUGCUGGAGCAACUCGACGGCCGGGUGAAGACCCAAAAGGAGAGACUAGCGAAAUGGCAGCAUUUCCGACAAAACAUGUUUGGCGACCAGCCACUAGCUCCCACUCCCUCGACGUCCCGCCCAGCAAAAUCUAAACGAGGUAUCGAUCUCGGUUUCGACAAGCAUGAGAGCCUCCGCCUUGGAAGAAUGAGCCCAAGAAAGCAGCUUGCAAGAAGGACACCCCAUUUGACCUCUGACUAUGCAGAUUUACUCGACGGAUGCGAAAGGGAUCUGGCCCAGGUGGGCGCUCAACCAGUGAUCAACUUCACCGAAAUGUUUGGGCCGCCACGAUCCCAUCGCCUAGGCCAACCAGAGCGGCCCGAAACAAUUUCGGGCGCGAGGGAGAGUCUCGGGGAGGAAACAAUAUCCGAGCUGAGCGAGCUGGAGGACGAUGGCCACGUUUUGCAACAUGCUCCGCGGCGGCCCUCGACACACGAUGUAGCACCGCCAUCACGACGCCUUGGGCGACCGUCUCUCCAGCUCUCGGAAGAGGCCAAACGGCAUGCCGAGUUACCGCGGCCGCUUCCAAGCCCUCCAGUGCUCCCCCCGGACACACACGACGAGCUAUCUAUACCCCCACCGACUCCGCCACUACCAGAGGAGGAUGAACUCACCCAAAAGAUUCCAAGCCGAUCCCCCAGUCCUCUACCGCUAGCCGCGGAACAGCCAGUUAUUUCUUUUGACAGUGAAGAAGACAUACCUGAACCAGAACCCCCGAAAUCACCCACACAAGAAUUGGCAGACCAAAUUCUUGACGACAUAAACAACGCUUCUCCUUCUCCCGUCAAACGUCCGAAGCCUAGACAUACGUUAUCGCUUGCCGAACGAACCAGGCUGUCCAUGGCGCGGUCUUCACGUGGGGUACGGUAUGAUCCGGACGAUGACGAGGAUGAAACCUUGUCCUUACGACCUCUAUCAACACCCAGCAAACACAAUGAAGACCUUACGAUCAACAUUACAGACGAAGACGAUUUAAUGUCUCGAACACGACGAAGCAUGGCAGGUUUUGAGGCUGCCCGCCAGAAGGCACAGCUGGAUCGACAAAGGUCACUGAAGAAAUCUCGGGCGCGGGCAAGGACGGAAGGCAGCCAAUUCCCUGCCGUUGAAGAGGAGACGAUAGAAUUGGACCCGGACGCGUCCAUCCUCGCAGAAGAACUGAUGGCCAGAGAGGAUAUGGAGGCGGUUUUUAGGAGUCGGCCAAGGAUCAAGACCAGCCCAGCUCCCUCACCUUCGAGAAGACCUCUCGAGGCCGAAGAUGUAUAG